AUGGCUGGUGUAGCAAAACUGUUUGAUGGUCAUAUUAUAAAUAAAUCAAAAGAAUCAGUUGAUCUUAAUGAUGAAAAAUAUAAAGGCAAAACAAUUGGUCUUUAUUUUAGUGCUCAUUGGUGUCCACCAUGUCGUGGUUUUACUCCUGUAUUGAUUGAAUUUUAUAAAACACAUUCAGAAAAUAAAAAACUUGAAAUAAUAUUUAUAAGUUCUGAUCGUGAUGAAAAAUCAUUUAACGAAUAUUAUGAAGAUAUGCCUUGGUUAGCAUUAGAUUUUACAGAUCGUAAAAAAAAAGAAGAAUUAGGAAAAAAAUUUAAUGUUAGUGGUAUUCCAACAUUAAUUUUACUUGAUGGAGAUUCAGGUGAUGUUGUUUGUACUAAUGCAAGAAGUCAAAUUCAAUCGGAAGAUAGUAAAGGAGAAAAAUUUCCAUGGAAAUCAUCAUAA